UAUAACAUUUCUCAUGUUGUCAUAUAGAAUUAUGAAAUGUAAUAAGUAUACCUCAUCUUAAACCCAAACUGAACUACAGGAAUUUCCAAGAAAUUUCUUAAAUCUGUAGCUCAAAUUCAAGAAAACUGGAUGGCGGUUUUACCUUGUGGAAGUGCAUGGGUGGGUCGGUGUGGAGUUAAACCUCAAAUAGUUAUAGGAGGUUCUUGUACAAACAAUUUAUCAAUGCAUUUGCUUCGUUUUUCCAAGAUUCGAGCAUUGACAUCACGUAAUUCGACCAUGUUUUCUCAAGAUUUGUUGCUCACACUAUUUAACAAUGGACCGUCUAAGUGUCCAUGUCCACCUAAGGGAACUCGUCUCGUUGUUAGAGCUAAAACUGACUACUAUGAUGUUAUCGGUGUGUCAAAAAACUCCAGCAAAUCAGAAAUUAAGAGUGCUUACCGGAAGCUUGCCAGGAGUUACCACCCUGAUGUAAACAAAGAGGAUAGUGCUGAAGCGAAAUUCAAGGAAAUAAGCAAUGCCUAUGAGGUUCUAUCAGACGAUGAGAAGCGCUCCAUAUAUGAUAGGUAUGGGGAAGCUGGACUUAAAGGUUCUGGGAUGGACACUGGGGAUUAUGGAAGUCCCUUUGACAUCUUUGAGUCGUUAUUUGAUGGAAUGGGUGGUAUGGGAGGAAGAGGCUCACGCAGUAGGGCAACUGAAGGGGAAGACCUGAUUUAUAAUCUGGUCUUAAAUUUUAAGGAAGCUGUUUUUGGGAUUGAAAAAGAAAUUGAAAUAAAUCGACUUGAGAAAUGUGGCAAGUGCAAAGGGUCAGGCUCAAAGCCAGGUAGUAUUCCAUCAAGAUGUAGAACUUGUGGUGGGCAAGGACAAGUUGUCCAAUCCGCUAGAACCCCACUGGGUGUCUUCCAGCAGGUGAUGACUUGCUCUUCUUGUGGUGGGACUGGGGAAAUUUCUAGUCCUUGCAACACAUGUAGCGGAGAUGGACGAGUGAUGAAGUCAAAAAAGAUUAGCCUUAAAGUCCCUGCUGGUGUGGAUGGUGGUAGUCGUCUGAGAGUCCGGUCUGAAGGUAACGCAGGAAACAAUGGUGGACCUCGUGGAGACCUCUUUGUGCUCAUUGAUGUAAUCCCGGAUCCAGUAUUAAUACGUGAUGACACAAAUAUACUCUACACUAGCAAGAUUACCUACACCGAUGCAAUUUUAGGAACAACAGUUAAGGUUCCCACAUUAGAUGGAAUGGUAGAUCUGAAGGUUCCUGCAGGCACUCAACCAGGGACGACAUUGGUGAUGGCCAAGAAAGGUGUACCUUUUCUAAACAAAAAGAACAGGAGGGGUGAUCAAUUGGUGAGAGUUCAAGUAGUGCUACCAAAACGGUUGAGUGUGGAAGAGAAGAAACUAAUUGAACAGCUUUCCAACCUUAAAAACGCAAAUGCUCCUACUGACAGUACGACGAUGUAUAACCAUGGGUUAUCCUUCUGAUUCUACAUUACAGCAUGACUUCAUUGCUGAAGAGCAUUGCACCAGUAAGUUACUACGACGCUCUUGGUCUCGAUGCAUCUACCUUAAGGGCAAGUUUUGGAUAGAUCAGUAGAUUUUACAAUGUACUAUACUUGAAAAUGUACCAUGAGAUAGAAAUAGAGAAACAGGCUUGCUUCCUAUACUAUAUUUUUCAAUGUACUCCAAUCAUACAAGCGACAAGCCAGACUUUCAUUUUUUUUUAAAUGGUUACCACAGAUAUCAGCAUUAAGCAUAUUACUCCUGUA